AUGCACGGGCCGUAUGUUGUGCUUUCUCCCAUUGCCAAGUCUCAUCCUUUUGAAGAACGUCGAGUACAUGUUGGACCUGAUGAGGAUCCGUUGAAGAUUGGUAGAGCAGUGGCCAGAUUGAAGGCUGCGAAAGAUAAUGCGAUAUUCGAUUGCAAGGUAUUAUCACGAAAUCAUGCGGUGCUGUCGUAUCGAAAUGGUGGUUUUUUCCUCCGAGAUACGAAAAGCAGCAAUGGCACAUUUGUAAAUAAUGAAAGAUUAGCGGUGACAGGUGAAGAGUCGGAAGCAAGGCAGAUCUACACGGGUGACAUCAUCCAAUUCGGCGUGGAAAUCGUUGAGAAUACCAAUAAAGUAGCGCACGGAUGCAUAUAUGCAAUGGUUCAACUGUUUGAUGCCUCUGGGCAGAUGAUCGAAACAGGAGGAACCUUGAGCGGCGGUGAAUUGAAUGGUACGUUGCCGAAUUGCGAACCUUCCCUAGUCAACAAUCACCAGUUGUUCCAAAUGCAGCAGUAUCUGUCAGAAGCGCUCUAUAGGGAAGAAGCUCGCCAACAAAAACUUGAAGCCUUGGAAAAGAUGCUGGAAGCUACCGAGCAUGCUUCGGAAGCGGCUUGGAAAGCCCUUGUCAACGAGGAUAGGCUUUUGUCA